CUCAACAGCACACCUGAGCAAUGAGCGUCAUGUUGCUCUGAACCUUUUCCCAAGCAGGUCAAGUGUUCACAGGAAGCCUCGGUUUACAUGUUAACUACAUUUUUGGUGUUCGAAAGGUGCAAUACGAUGCCCGUGAACAAUAACAACAAGAAAGUAGUGCCGAAUGCAGCCGCGCGGGUAGCCAGGCUGCCCGUGGUUCGCUCAGCCUGCGCCUCCCUGUCGGUCCUGUACAGAGACGCUAAAGGCAGCAGCCCCGGCCUGAGGUCCCUGUGCGAGGCGCUGGAGGGCGGAGUGAUCGCUGUGAGCUCGGCGGCCUGCAGCAGAGCUUCGCCCGUCAUUGUUCAGCUGGAGCCGCAGAUCUCUGCUGCAAAUGACAUUGCAUGCAAAGGUCUUGACUGGCUGGAGACUUCAUUCCCUGUUCUCUUGAAGGCCCCGGAUGAGGUUGUUGCUGCUGCCAAGAACAAGGCGAACGAGAUUCGGGAUGUGGUGUGUAUUGCAGCCGGCGGGACUGUUGGCAGUGUGCCACACACGGUCACGUGGAUGAUCAGCAGGCUGCAUCAGGGGGAGGACGGUGGGACCCUGUCGCUGGUGGAGAGGGCUAUCAGCGUGGCCAGUGUGGGGCUGGACUCGGCUCUAACUUUGUCAGAGGCUCUGGUGGACCAGGUGCUUCCACCACCUGAAGAGGAGAAAGAGGAAGAUGCCCGCUUGGUGGAAGGUUUUGAGGCCACGAUCCGCUCAGGAACUUACCCCGGCAGAGUGAUGAAGCUUACGGCUAAAGUGUGUAGGAGGAGCUACCGCACGGUCGGCUCAAAGAUCCACUCUGUUCAGAUCACGGGGAGCUUAUCCAGAUCUGCCACUUUGGUUCAGGACCUCCAGACAAGCUGUCAGACUCUGGUGUGGAGCCUCCAAGGACUACCUCAGUACUUGCAGCAUCAGGCGGUCUCUGUUUUCUUCUUCAUUAGUCAGAUGUACAACCUGAGCUGUCCGUCAUCCCGGCAAGAACAAACUCGCCGCAGAGGCCGUGUCAGCGCUGCUGGGGCCUCGCCUCUGUCCAAGGGCCAGGCUCGUUCACAGAGCACGCCAUCUUUCCGGAUGAGGCCCACCAGGACGUCUGUGUUUGAUACCGGCUGUUUUGUCAAGAGUUGUGUGGGUCGUUAAGUUUCACUGUUAUUUAUUUCUGGAUUUAAACUGUUUGAAAUAUUAAAAAUUAAAGUU